AUGCAAUCUCAAGAGCACACUCAUGAUCUGUCUUACCACCAAGCUGAGAAAGAGGCUGCCAUGAACUUUAAUGCUCAAGAGAAGAUGUAUCACAGUUUCUUGAGACAAAGGAGCAAGGUAACUUGGUUGUGCAAAGGAGAUGAGAACAAUGCUUACUUCCAUGCUUUUCUAAAAAAAAUAAGGAUGGAGAAUAUCAUAGUUACUUAUACAAAUGAUCAAGGAGAGAUCAUAUAUAACUUUAAAGAAGUGGUAUGGCACUUUCUAGUGCACUUCCAAGGCUACAUGGGAACUAGCUCAAACCCUACUCAAAACCUGAGAUCUGACUAUAUGAAUCUAGGGAGCAGACUCAAUAUGGAGCAUCAACUGAGUUUGAUAAAACCCUUCACAAGCAAGGAAAUAAAGAAGUCUUUCUUCAGUAUUCCAGAUUCUAAAUCCCAUGGGCGAGAUGGGUAUGGAGCUGGUUUUUUCAAGACGAUGUGGCCUAAACUUGGAACUGUAUUCACCAAAGUCGUGGAGAAAUUUUUCUUAACAGGUUCAAUGCCUCGAGAAUUUCAUGCAACUAUGAUAACGAUCAUUCCUAAGAUAGAAAACCCUACAAAGGCUGUGGAUUUCAAACCUAUAGCUUGCUUCUCAACUGUGUAUAAAUGCAUAUCUAAAUUGUUGUAUUCCAGGCUCUCUCAAGUGCUUUUGGUGUUGAUUAAUCAGAAUCAAGAAGCGUUUGUGCAAGGGAGAUCGAUUGCUCAUAAUGUCAUGAUUCUUCAAGAUCUUUUGAAGAAUUAUAAAAGGAAAAACAUAUCUCCAAGAUGCACUCUCAAUGUAGACAUUAGUAAAGCGUAUGACACAGUUAGUUGGAAGUUCUUGGAAGCGCUUCUGAAUGACUUUAAACUGCCGACCAUAUUUUUCUCAUUGAUUAUGACAUGUUUGAAAGCUACCUCUUAUUCGAUCUUGAUGAACGAUACAGUUCAAGGGAGCUUCAAAGGCAAGAAGGGUUUACGACAGGAUGAUCCUUUGUCUCCUCUCUUAUUUGUCAUGAUAAUGGAGUACUUGACCAGGAGAUUUCUUCGAGGAGCCAAUCAAUCCAAGAUCAGGCCUUGUAAUGAACACCAACAAAUCCAAUCUCUACUUUGGAGGGUGAAAGAGGAAGACAAACAGGCAAUGAUGACUGAAUUGGCUCUUCAAGAAGGAACUUAUACUCUUAAGUAUCUUGGGGUCCCUCUAAGACCAACAAAAUGGAAAGUUGAAGAUUGUGGCGUGAUAAUCAAGAAAAUUAAGGAAAGACUCCAUACUUGGGCUACUAGGCAUCUCUCUGUUACAAAUGAGGUUGAAAAACUUUGUAGAGAUUUCUUAUGGGGCUGGAAUGGGAAUAGAAGCAAACUCCAUGUGGCUUCUUGGGAAAAAGUUUGCCUCCCUAAAGCUUAUGGAGGCUUAGGCUUUAAAGAUGGAGUCAAAUGGAAUCAAGCCAUUCCUGCUAAAUAUAUUUGGGCCAUCUCAUCUAAAAGGGACAUCCUUUGGGUGAAAUGGAUCAAUAAUAUUUAUCUCAAGAACAAGUCUUUGUUGAACUAUGAACUUAAGAAUGAUACUAGUUGGUAUUGGAAGAAAUUAUGUCAUCUAAGGGACAAGUUCACUCGGGGAGCAAUUGAGAAGGCAGGGUCUGGUGGGAACAGGUUUAAAACUUCACUGUUGUUUAACAGUUGCUUACCUCAAACUCAGUUUGAGUUCAACAAAUGUGGUGGAGCAGAAAAUACAGAACCAAAAUUAAUGAAGUCAAUGAUGGAUAGGAUCACCAAGUCAUUUGCUAAGAUAGAGGGGGACAAGGGAAAAGGGAUGGCCAAGGCUAGGGCCAACAGGUCCUACAAGCCCAGGCUUCCCAGUUCCACUUAUUCUUUUGAGACUCAUGGAGCACCUCCUAGUCUCUAG